AUGAAUGAGGUGAAAGAGUCCCUGCGGAGCGUGGAGCAGAAGUACAAGAUCUUCCAGCAGCAGCAAUUCACCUUCAUCGCGGCCCUGGAGCACUGCAGGGAGAACGCCCACGACAAGAUCCGGCCCAUCUCCAGCAUCGGGCAGGUGCAGAGCUACAUGGAGCACCACUGCAGCAACUCCACAGACCGGCGCAUCCUGCUCAUGUUCCUGGACAUCUGCUCGGAGCUCAGCAAGCUCUGCCAGCACUUCGAGGCCCUGCACGCUGGCACCCCCGUCACCAACAACCUCCUUGAGAAAUGCAAGACCCUCGUGAGCCAAAGCAAUGACCUGAGUAGCCUGCGAGCCAAAUACCCCCACGACGUGGUGAACCACCUCAGCUGUGACGAGGCCCGGAACCACUACGGAGGUGUGGUCAGCCUCAUCCCCAUCAUCCUAGACCUGAUGAAAGAGUGGGUCGCCCACUCGGAGAAGCUGCCCCGCAAAGCGCUGCACCAAGUGAGUGAGCCCCAGGCAGCCACGCUGGCCACCACGCACACUCCCCAGGCCUCGGGCACCCAGCCCCAGCUACGGAAACAAAAUUGUGGGCAACUGACACAGAACAUCCCCAAACCUGGGGGGAAAGACCAAGGAAGUUCAAAACCGCCCUGGAGACCAGCCGGUGGGAAACUGUAA